AUGAUGAAUUACAAUCAACAUGUACCAAAAACGGCUGAACAUCGUGUUCUACAAGAUCCCUUAUUGAUCAAGAAGAAAAAAAAGUGUCUUGGAAAUCGAAAAUUACACAAUUUUACACGCAAGUGUCGAGCAAAAGGAAUGAAUGAUCAAGCAAUUGAAAUGUUACUGUUGCUUAAAAAAGCAAAUGGAUCGGUUCAUUCAAAUCUUCAAAAUACAUAUGAAAAUCCAAACAGUGCCUCUCCUUUAAUAAAUACGAUCAGUAACGUCAUGAACAUGUCAACAUUUAUCGGAAAUCAAUAUUGUACAAAUGAAUAUCAACAUAGUGAUGGAAAUCUAGAACUUGAUUCAACAAUUGAAUCUUUUUUAUAUUCACAAUCAACAGCAAAAGGUAAAUGGUCUUCACCGUCAACUACAAGAUUUCCAAAGAGACGCCAACGUUACAAUUUGUGUAAUGAUCAUUGGAAACAAAUGUCAAAACUCAUACCAAAUUAUAAAAAAUUAUCACCUUAUCAAUUCAAAGAUGCGCUAAUGAAGGUCAUUCCUGCUUCUUCUCAACAUCAUAUUAAAGAAUAUUACAUAAAUGUGGCAAUGUUACAAUUCGUUCAACAACGUACUGAAAUAAUCUGUCAUAUUUUGCAAUUAAAAAUUGAACAAGAUUAUUGGAAUAAUAUUGAUAAUUUAAUAACUAUGCCUGUUGUGAUUUGGUUAUCAGAAGUUGGGAAAGAUGUUACGAAAAAAAAUUCUAUCAAUUGGGAUCAUACAAAAACAAAGUUUAAUAUUCAACAUCGACAAACAAUUAUACAAAAUAGACUACAAGAAGCUGAAAAUAGUUUAAACUUUCAUCUACAACAAUCAUAUCCACUCGAUUGUGAAUUAAACAAUAAGACUGCUUUACCAUUAGAAGAACAAAAUUUAUCACAAAGAUUAAAUGAAUUAUCAAUGACUUCUCGUCACACACCUGAACAUCUGAUUAUGGUCGAUGAAGAUCAUGCGGAAAAUAUUCCAUAUUAUCUAUCAAAAGAAAGUAAAUCUUUCCAAGAAAUAACCAGCCAUUUAUCACCAAAUGAAUUAAUCGAAGAAUUACGACAAAUGGCUAUUGUGAUACAUCAACUUUUUAUGAUCGAUUUGGAAAAAUCACUUUGGACAACUUAUUUGAAGUCAGGUACAGGCCAACUCCAAUUAAAUCACAUGGAUAAUGAUAAUAUUAUUCAUCCACACCUUUGGUCUGUUCAAGUGCAAAAACUUGUUAGUAAACAAUCACUUGAUAACACUGAUACUGCGACAUGUUUAACUUACGUCACACAACAUCUUGAUGAAUUAGAUGAUAAAAUGAAACAAUAUCAAACUAAAUAUAAUAUGAAGAAAAAUCAAUAUUUAAAUUAUCUAUCAAAAAUUCAAACAUUUGUUCACCAACAACUUGAAUCUGCUCGUUUGACAACGGAACAACAAAUCGCACUUGUUCGCUAUAAUUACAAUGAUCAUGUCUUCAAAUUAAAAUUUAGAACAUUCAAUCCAACUCGAGAGCAGAAACAAGUUGUUCAAAAAUUAGAUGAAGCAAAAUAUCACCAAGAAACGACGAAAGCGGAAUAUAAUUUAUUGACAUAUCGAAUUUCCAUGGAAAAAUCAUCGCGAAUAUCUAUUGAUUUACCUGAAGAAAAAUUUUUGAAAACCAUCGAAGAUGGAUCUAUUCGACAAAAACUCCAUGAUCAAUAUGUGAACAUAGCAAAACAGGCAAGAAAAGAUAUCCUAAAAUUAUGUCUCUCUACGGCUCAAAUUCAAAAAGAUCAAUCUACAGAAGAAUUCAAUACUAAAUUAGAACAAUUUAAACUUAAACAACAAUCAUUACUAAAUCAUAAAAAAUUCACUAGCAACAUGAUAAAUUUAAUGGAAGAACAUUGGAAACAGAUCAGUGAAAGUGUUGAAUGUGUCUAUAAAUAUAAACUUGAUUUGUUACGUUUAAAUUCUGUUCAUAAUUAA